AUGUGGAAGCCCCGGCCAGAUCUGUUCACUUUUAGCGCAAAUAUGCAGCCAGCCAUCGAGCGGAUCCUGAACAGUGAACGCACACCAACCAAACGAGAAGUGCUCCGUAUGGUUAUGAGCAUUUUUGAUCCACUCGGCUUAAUAGCACACUACGUAGUGCACGGUAAGGUGUUAAUGCAAGAGGUGUGGAAAUACGGCUCGGGUUGGGAUGAUAUCCUGCCCGAAGAAUUGCGAGCUGAUUGGCACCGCUGGAGUCGACUGUUAGCUCAGUUAAAUCAAGUUUCUGUUCCUCGUUAUUUUUUCCCUGGAAUUCCUAGUUCUAAUCUCAGCGGUCUUCAACUACAUGUGUUCGUUGACGCAAGCGAAUCUGCCUUUGCCUGCGUAGCCUAUUUACGCAUGGUGUACCGUGAAAAUGCACACUGUGCCUUGCUCUCUGCGAAGACCAAGGUAGCACCCUUGAAGCCAAUAUCGAUGCCCAGGUCUGAAUUGCAAGCUGCUUUGAUGGGGGCUCGUUUGGUAGAGACACUGUCGGAAAUAUUAGAACUCUCUAUUGAACGAAAAUAUCUGUGGACGGACUCUCUUACGGUUCUCUCAUGGCUGCGGUCAGACAGUCGACGUUACCAUCAAUUUGUCACUUACCGUAUCGGAGAAAUUUUAUCCAAAACAUCGAUUUCUGAAUGGCACUAUGUGCCCUCUAAACUGAACGUGGCUGACGAUGCUACUAAAUGGGGAAAUGGACCUAGUCUGGAUUCGUCUAGUCGUUGGUUUACUGGACCUGAUUUCCUUAAAAAGUCAGAAGAAUUUUGGCCUGCAGCUCGAAAAAUUGGAUCCUUACCUGAAGAAGAACUCAGGUCCGCAUUCCUGCAUCAUCAUGAAUAUCAGCCGGCCCUCAUCGACGUAACACGAUUCCCUCGCUGGACCAAAUUAUUACGAGCUACAACGUAUGUCCUUCGAGCGGUUAAAAAGUUUAAGAAAGAAGUUGUUUCCGGCCCACUAAGUUCAGUCGAGCUUUCAGAAGCCGAGACAUUUCUAUGGAGACAAACUCAAAUCGAAGUUUAUCAGGACGAGUACUAUCUGUUGGCAAGUAACUUGAAUCGAACAGAAUGCGAAACAGUUCCUAAAUCUAGUUCGCUUUAUCACCUAUCCCCCUUCAUGGACAGUGCGGGAAUUAUUAGGAUGGACAGUCGAUUAGGAGCAGCUCCGAACACUUCAUUCGAAGCAAAGUACCCAAUCAUUUUACCAAAAAACCAUCCCCUCACUGAGCUGUUGAUUCUAAAAUACCAUCAUCAACUCUUGCAUCAAAAUAAUGAAACGGUUUGUAAUGAAAUCCAUCAAAGGUUUCGCAUCCCAAACCUGCGUGUAGUAGUUAGAAGAGUUGCAAAAAAUUGUAUGCUUUGUAGGAUCCGCAAGGCACGCCCACAACCGCCUAGAAUGGCUCCUUUACCAGCAGUACGCUUGACUCCCCACAUCAAACCGUUUUCCCACACAGGAGUUGACUAUUUUGGACCGCUUAUGGUCAAGCAGGGUCGAAGCCUAGUAAAACGAUGGGUGUGUCUCUUCACGUGUUUAACGAUCCGAGCCGUGCACGUGGAAAUUGUCUAUAGCCUCUCCACAAGUUCUUGCAUACUAGCGAUACGAAGGUUCAUAGCACGCCGUGGCUCACCUGCUUCCUUCCAUUCCGACAACGGAACUAACUUUCGGGGUGCCUGUAACGUCCUGCGGGAAACAAUCCAAAACAUCAACGAAGAAUGCGCAGCAACCUUCACGAACACCGACACCCAAUGGCAUUUUAAUCCGCCGCUCUCUCCUCACAUGGGAGGUGUGUGGGAGCGGAUGGUCCGGUCUAUAAAGACAGCAAUGGAAGCGAUAGGUAAUCAUCCGCAGCACCCGAAUGACGAAGUCUUGGAAACAGUUGCACUGGAGGCAGAGGCAAUCGUCAAUUCUCGUCCCUUGACUUAUGUUCCACUAGACCACACUGAUGCGGAAGCCCUGACACCCAACCACUUUCUAUUAUAUGGGGAAAAGGGCAUCACCCAGCCUUCCAGCAUCAUCGAAUCUAAUCCACGAGUGCUACGCGACAGUUGGCGCUUGACACGGACAUUAACCGAUCUAUUCUGGACCAGAUGGAUCAAAGAAUACUUGCCAACGAUAGCGCGCAGAACAAAAUGGUUUGAAACAGUAAAACCACUGGAAGCCGGAGAUUUGGUAAUCUUGGUCAACAAAAGCAAUCGCAAUGGAUGGGAACGUGGACGUAUUUUGGAGGUCUUCAAGGGUACCGAUGGCCAAGUACGGCAGGCGUUAGUGCGUACAAAAAACGGGAUCGUUCGACGCCCAGCAACCGUUUUAGCUUUGCUCGACAUUCAGACAUCAACUGCCGAAAAAGACCGGAUUUCUCCGAGACUACACGAAGGGGGGGAUGUUGACGAGCCCACUGUGCCAACGUCUGCUGAGAAGUGA